AGGAGGAAGAGAAGAGCCCGGGGGGGGGGCAGACUGCGUUUCAAUGGAUUAAGAACUGCGCAAUUUCUUAAUAGCCAUCGCGUCUGUGAUCUUGUGUCUUUCUGAAAUGUAUUGAUAUCUAAACGCGUGUUUGGAUUGAACAUGCGUGUGGCAAACCCGUGCGCGAUGCACGCAUAUAGCCUAUACCGCCGGUUGUUGCAGCUACGUACGUGGAUUGGCGAUUUUGAAAAGGGGUGUUCAGUUGUUCUGCAAGAGGGUUGUACAUUCAUUUUGGAAAACGAUAUGACUGUGCGAGAUUAAAUAAUACUGUUCGCGGUUUCGAAAAUGUAACAAGACGGGCUGAUCGUUAUUCCAUACCCAUGGGAUAUUCUUAAACGCUCCUAUCUCUCCCAAGCUGCGAUUUCAUAACGUAUCUGCGUGUACAGUUUCUACCAGCCGACAUUUUCCAAAUGGAUGAUGGAUCAUCGGAACAUUAUUUACCUGUUAGUUAAUUUUGUGGACGUUUUAGGGGUCUGCUUGUUGGAACGAGCGAUAUUUGUAAAGAGAGGAUAUGUUUUAUUUAUUUUAUUUGUGUUACUGUGUUUUAACAAUGAGCGCAGCAACGGCACCUCCCAUGAGAAAUCUGCAUGCACAAACAGCGAAACAAGUCCUACCGUGAUGACAGGACCUCGCUAUGCUUUUGACCAAGGCACAGCCUGGCAUCUCCUGAACAGAGGUGGGAGAUGCCCAGCCCACACUCCGGGGGCGUGGCGGGGGCUAGGCAGCCAUAGCAUGGAGCCAAUCGAGACGGAGUGUUCAAGAGGGACUGUGGGCCGUCUUCACGCAUUGACGGAAUGCUAUGGCGUUUUCCCCCCUGUAGGGGGCGAUCUGGUCAAAGCACGUGUGUCCAGGCCAGGAGAAGCAGACUGAAUGAGGCAUGAAUGUGGUGGUCAACUGAAACAUCUGGACUGAAGACUUGACUUAAAGUCCAGGGCUGCCACAUCCAGAGAUGAUUGGCUGCAGAAGCUGAGACUCAACAAUACAGGAUCUGGAACCAGGUGCCAUUUUGAAAGGCUGUACAGUAUUGGCGCUGAGCGUGUUGACGGUCUCCCCUUAGUGUCGGUGGGUGGUCUUCUCUGUGCUGCCGUGGAGGGCUUCACGACACAGCUAGUGUGGCUGGAUGCAUCACACAGUGGAGCAGUUUGGUGGGCGUGGCACACGGGACUCCUUUUCUCUGGACGGACUUAGCCGGGGACCAUGGGCUCCUGUGGGCAGCCGCCCCAACUGGGCCCCUGCCAGGGGUUCGCCAGGUAUCAAUCAACACCAGUUCCUACCAUCCAGUCACAUGGCUGGACUGAACUCCCCAAGUAAAUUCAAUAAUGGCUCCAUGCAGGUGCGCAGCGGUGACAAGCCGGAGCCGUCUCAGCCCAAGUUACCCGGCCUCCCACGGGGGGAGCAGCACCGCGUCCCGCCUCCCCAUCACCGGGUUUGGGAGCAACUGGGCCAUUUCUACGAAUCGCACCCCCACCCAGCCAUGCCCCUGCCCGGCGACCACGGCGCUCGCCUGCACGGGUUUAGCGGGGGACCUCCCACCCACCUGACCCCCAGGGGCCCGGCGGCGCUCGGCGAUGACGCCUGGGCUCUGCAACAGAGGGGCUACCCAGGGAAGAUGUUUGGGGGCCAGCUGAAGAGACCCGCCCCCCCUCUAGGGGAGCACUCGGUCAUCCAGCACACCCCGCACCCCUCCCCUCGCUCCGGCGAGGACUGCCCCAGCCCCAGCAAGAGGAGGAGGAGCACUGAGCAGGCUUCUCACCCGGGCAUGCAGAGGUUCUCAGGCCCGGGCGGUCCAGCCCAGCCACCCCAGCAGCAGCCCCACUACCCCCCUCCCACACCCAAAGCUGCUUUCUGGAACCCCAUCCACAAGGAGAACGCCUCCUGGACCCAGCCGGAACGCAAGAGCGGCCUCCCCGAGUUCCAGGUCAGAACCGAAUCAGCCAAGUCGGCGAUGGGUGGUUACACCUACAAACCUUCCCCUCCCUCGCCCGUCUCCCCGCCCCCCACCUCCUCCCCGGGAGGAUACCCUCAGGGCCGCAGCGGGGGGCCCCCGCCACACAAGCCCCAGUUCUCACCUCAGGCCCUCAGUCAACCCCCCCACAACUCUCACCCCCACUACUCCAAACAACCAGGCCUGCCCUGCAUGGGAAUGGAGCCUCGGACCGGCCCCCCCACCCCCCAGAGAGGCCCUGCCGCCGGGGGGCGAGGAGGCAACCACCCGCCUCCCCCUCAUCCUUCCCACCACCACCACCAACUGCCUCCUCCGGCGAGAGGCGAGCGGGACAGCCGGGAGUCCCCUAAAGCCUCACCAGCAAACCACACAGCUGUGCCUUACAGCCACCAACCCCACUUCCAGCCCCACCCCGGGCUGGGGCACACGGCCCCCCAGCAGCACAACCUACCUGGCCCCCACCAGGACGCCUGGAGGCCCCAGGGCCAAGGCAGGCCGCAUGGCAUCCAACCCCUGGAGUCCAGUCACUUGAGGGUGGGUCUGUUACAGGGGCAGCAGAACCGGGCUCCGGCCCAGCACCACCCACACAUCAGCCCCCCUCAGGCACCUACCAGGACCCCGGUCAUCACCUCGACCUCUCAGCCCCCCUGCUCACAGUCCAACACCAACCGCUACACCAGUAUGACUGGGCCGGCACUCUCCACUGUCACCACAGCGCCACCGGCUGGCUGUUCAGCUAACAACACCAGCAGCAGCUGGCGGAGCAGAGAGACUCUGGGCCUGCCCCACCAGACCUCUGCUCUAUCUCAGCUGGAGAAAGGUCCGGAGAGGGGGCCCAGCCAUCUCAUGGUUCACCCAGGGUAUCAGGGAGCCCACGUGGGCACUGCCAGCCACGGCCACCAGUCGGCACUUAGGCCUCAGCAGUCCCCUACCCUCUACCCCCAGUCAGUUCCAGGGAAGUCGUACUACGAACGGGCUGAGUCGGAACACACUCUUCCUUCAUCCUCCUCAGGACAUCAGAGGGCAGGGGAGAGCGUUAUCACCAGCAGAGGGUCUCAGGCCAACCCCCUCCCCGUGACGAUGGUGGCUAGCUCGCCCCUGCACCGCCCAGUGACCUCUCCCCACACCUCCAGCCCCUCUCAGCCAGCCUCCAGCCCUUCCUACUCCAGACGCUGUUCCCAGUCGGCCCCCCGGGCCACCACACCCUCAGCCCAGGGUUACGCUCUUCCUCCAGCCCAGCCACCACCACCCUCAGCCACCCAGGCACCACCACACUCAGCCACCCAGGCACCACCACACUCGGCCACUCAGUCCAUGGAGGAGGCCCUGGAUAAACUGGACGCUGAGCUGCAGGGUCACAUGCAGGCAGAGGAGAGAAGGAGGGACUUAGCGAGAGAGCAGGAGGAGAGAAAGAGGAGGGAGAGAGAGCAGGAGGAGAGAAGGAGAGAGAAGGGAGAAGAAGCGAGAAAUAGGAGAAAGGAGUGGGCAAGAGAGGAGGAGGAGAGGAAGAGGGGGGUAGUAACAGAGGAGAUUAACAGGAGAGAAGAGUCAGCCAUCGAGAGUUUGGAGAGACUCUUAUCAGGAAGUUCCUCCACUGGUCCACCACCUCCUCGCCUGUCAACCAUCUCCACCUCCACUCCACUGCCUAGCCAGUCUUCCUCUUCGCCCCCCUUCCCCUGGCUGAGUCGGGGCGGGGCACCACCCUGCCCCCCAGGCCAGGCGCCACCCCCUCCGGCCACCUUGGAAAGGUUGCAUCCGCCCCCGCUCACCCCCCAGACGGAGUACGCCCGGGAGAAGCAGAGACAGAGGGAGAUGUGGGGUGGAAGUCCAUCGUCACACAGUGGUACCUCCGAGAGCAAUGCCCAGUCCUCAGCUGGUAUCUACCCCGACCAUCCAUCCAAUCAGACUCUGAUGCAAAGCCCAUCCAAAGACGCCUCCUAUUCCAGGGAGAAGGCUGGUCAGCAGGCAAGAGGAGCGAUUGGGACUACAGGUCCCCUCCACUCCUCCAGCACCGUGACCAUCCAAGAGCCACCUAAACUCUUCCAGGUGUUCCCCAGGGACAGAAUCUCGUCUGGGGUCAACACCUCCAGAACUGGCGGCAGCAGCACUUCCAGCACAGGGGGCCUCCUCCUCAAGUGCAUGCCCACCGGAGGGCUAGGCAGUCUGGGUAGCAGCUCGGACAGUGCCCAGUUUGAGGAGGAACCCUCGGAGCUCUCCACGUUACUCCCCGAUGGCCUGGCCAACAUCAUGGCCAUGCUGGACGAGUCCAUCAAGAAAGAGGAGGAGUCAUUGUACAUCAGCAGCCGUAACGGACCAGGAGAAAACCUAGUCAGCGCCUUCUCCGUUUCCGUGGCGCCAGUCAGCAGCUACCCAUGUGCCCCGGACCUCAUCCCUGCACCCAAGCAGCAGCCGCAGGACGACUUCGUCGGGGCGAACGCCAACGCCAGCCCCCCCGUGCUGAGUCGACAGGGCUCACUCGCCUCCCCCUGCAGCAUGACCUCGUCCCUCAAUGAGGAAGACGAGGAGAAAGCCGCUCCCGAGCUCCGCAAGCCGGCCCUCCCGCACAACCCGCGGCCAGGGACCAACUACCGCCACUGUGACCUGGCCAAACUCUACGGACUCCCCGAGCCGGUCAAGAGCGAGUGUGACGACGAAGACGAGGACGAUGAGUCGGAGGCGCCGUCCUGUUCCCCGCCCCCGCCCCGGAGACCCCACCUCCACCAGACCGGCAUGAGCAGCAGCUUCAAGUCCCUGUCCGCGUUGGAGAACCAGAAGUAUGCGUACCGAGGAGGUCCGUUUGGCCGGCCGCCCCCCUCCGCUCUGGGGGGAGUUAAGUACUCCUCUUCCCUGUCCCUGGGGCCGGACAUCCAGCAACAGCAGAACAGCAGCUCCCCCACGUCCGAUUCCACGAAUCACCCCGGCUUCACACCGCCAUCGGCCCCGACCCGCGUCACCAGCCCCCGCUCUCCCUCCGGCUGGGAAGCCAAGCGACCUGUGGAGAAGAUGGAGGAGCCUGACAUCUGGAGAGAUGGGAGGGAGCCAGCAGAGCAGAGGUUGUAUUGGUCAAGGGAAGAAUCCAAUGUGAAUUCUCCUACCCAGCCCAGGGAGGAGCCCAAGCUCACCACGAUCUCGGAGUCCUCCCUGGCGGAGCUGGGACGAAGCUGUGAGGUACUCCUGACCCGACACUCUCACUCCCUGCCCAGCAUUGACACCUCGGACUGCAAAGCCGGGCUCAAACAGGACGGGCUCCACAAGACCGAAAGAGACCGGGAUGGAGAGAGGGAGAAGAGGAAACACAGCAGCGCCAAGAAGCACGAGGAGAGGAAAGAGAGGAAGAAGAAGCACCGGGAGAAACGACUGAUGUCGUCUUUCUCCUCGUCCUCCUCUUCGUCCUCCCACUCCUCCUCUUCGUCCUCUCACUCCGGUUCCAAAAGGCACAAGGAGGGCAAAGGCCACAAGGAGAAGGACCACCGGCGAAUCCUCGGGAACCUGGACCUCCAGAGCAAGGAGAUCCGGGAGAAGGGCUGCGACCGCGUGCGGUCAGACACGGAGCGGAAGAGGAGGAAGGAGGUCGGCUCCACCAGCGAGGGAGAGCCCUCAGAAUGGCCGUCCCAUAGUAGCAGUGAAAGAGGUUUGGGCGGGAUGUCGUCUUCUCAAGAGCGAGAGUCUGGGUCGAUGCUUCAGGGUUCGGCCGCUGACUUCAUGAAGCUGAAGGGCCUGUCAGACGGGCCCCCGAAAGAACUGAAGAUCCGACUGAUAAAAGUGGAGAGUGGAGACCGAGAGACGUUCAUUGCCUCAGAGGUGGAGGAGAAGAGGAUCCCGCUGGAGGAGAUCACGAUCAAGAACACGGCGGCAGAAAUCAUACGGGCCUGCAAGGGCGCAAAGGUUAAGGGCAAGUUUAAAGAGUCCUAUCUGCUCCCGGCGUUCUCUGUCAAGCCCCUGUUUUCGACAGACCCCAUCCCGAGAGAGAAGCUCAACCCCCCCACGCCAAGCAUCUAUCUGGAGAGCAAGAGAGACGCCUUCUCCCCUGUUCUGCUCCAGUUCUGCACUGACCCCAAGAACCCGGUCACCGUCAUCAGAGGACUGGCUGGAUCGCUACGACUCAACCUGGGCCUGUUCUCCACCAAGUCUCUAGUUGAUGCCAAUGCUGAGCAGUCUGUGGAGGUGAGGACUCAGGUACAGCAGCCUGCAGAUGAGAACUGGGACCCAAGUGGCACCGGGCAGACCUGGCCCUGCGAGAGCAGCCGCUCACACACCACCAUCGCCAAGUACGCCCAGUACCAGGCCUCGUCCUUUCAGGAGAGCUUACAGGAGGAGAAGGGCAGUGAUGAGGAGGAUGAUGAUGAAGAAGAAAAGGAGAGGAAGAGCAAGGAGUUCACUCCUGAGACGUCUAGCAAAGACCCCACAAGCAAAGACGCUGCCGGCACGGAGCAGAAAUCUGUGGGGAAGAUCAUAAAAUUUGGCACCAACAUCGACCUGUCAGACCCCAAGAGGUGGAAGCCCCAGCUGCAAGAGCUCCAGAAGCUCCCAGCCUUCAUGCGUGUGGCGUCCAGUGGUAACAUGUUAAGCCACGUGGGCCACACCAUCCUGGGCAUGAACACCGUCCAGCUCUACAUGAAGGUCCCCGGAAGCCGGACGCCAGGCCAUCAGGAGAACAACAACUUCUGCUCGGUGAACAUCAACAUCGGGCCCGGAGACUGCGAGUGGUUCUCCGUGCACGAAAACUACUGGUCGGCCAUCAACGACUUCUGCGAAAAACACGGGGUGGACUACCUGACGGGGUCUUGGUGGCCCGUCCUGGAGGACCUGUACCACUCCAACAUCCCGGUGUACCGGUUCAUCCAGAGACCGGGAGACCUGGUGUGGAUCAAUGCAGGGACGGUCCACUGGGUGCAGGCUGUUGGCUGGUGCAACAACAUCGCCUGGAACGUGGGGCCUCUCAACUCCUACCAGUACCAGCUGGCUCUGGAGAGGUUUGAGUGGAACGAGGUCAAGAAUGUCAAGUCCAUCGUCCCCAUGAUUCAUGUGUCCUGGAAUGUGGCCCGCACUGUCAAGAUCACAGACCCGGACACAUUUAAGAUGAUCAAACACUGCCUGCUGCAGUCCAUGAAGCACAUCCAGGUCCUAAGAGAUCAGCUGGUGGCUGCCGGGAAGAAGAUCUCAUAUCAGAGUCGUGUUAAAGACGAGCCAGCCUACUACUGCAAUGAGUGUGACGUGGAGGUGUUCAACCUGCUGUUUGUGACAUCCGAGAGUGGCAGCAGAAAGACCUACGUGGUCCACUGUGAGGACUGCGCCCGCCAGAAGAGCCCUGGACUCUCCAGUGCCGUUGUGGUGUUGGAGCAGUACCGCAUGGAGGAGCUCAUGAGCACGUACGACGCAUUCACCCUGGCAGCUGCCCCCGGUACCCGGUGAUGAAGCUCCUCUCCCUCCACGUCCCUCAGCCAUAACCAAAACUCCUGCAAGACAGGACCAAACACACCUUUGAAAACUUUCUAUUAACCUCUUUCCUUCAUUAUUAUUAUUUUUUUCUACUACUGCUAGUAUUUGCCGAUCGAAACAGCCAAUCGAAAACCAGUUUACUACUCAUCAUCACUGUUUACAAAACCAAACUGCCAAUCAAACUCCAGUUUACUCUUGUCGUCAACGGUGCUUAAGACCAGCAUUCUGGUUUCCAGAGGACUUGAAAAAAAAAAAAAUGGAAAAGGUAGUUGGUGCUAACUGCCAUUGAACAAGCAAUGGAGUGAUUGUUAUCAAUGGCAUGAAUUUUGUUUUUUCUGGUAUUCUUUAAUUUUUGUUGUCUUGAAUACUGAUAUUUGUAAAUGCUGUUUGUAUUUUGGUGGGGUGUUGUUGUUUUUGAAGAAAAAUAAUUUAUUGUUUUUUUUAAGACUAGAUCAGCCUAGAUAUACACCACAUUGGCCUUGUAACUUGUACUUAGAAGAUAAAUGAGAUGGAAAAUACUAAUAAUAGAGAGAUAAACAUUUUUCUAAAAGCAUUAAGAAUAAGAAACAAAAAGUUUGGAAUGCUUCGAGACAUACGGGUUUUAAAUACAUUUUUCUUAUUUUUAUUUGACUUAUUUUGUAAAUCUUGUUUUUACAAAUGUAUCAUUGUAUUUCCUCGGGAGAAAGAGAGAUGAUUCAAUUUUCACACCUCUUUGAGUACAUCAGGUCUUUGUUUCAAUAAUUGCUUCCAUUUUGCAUCAUUAUAAUUUUUUCUGUUGGUGUAAUUGUUGAACCUUGAAUUUAGUUUUUUGCUUAAUAUACAGAUUUAAUCUUUUUGUCUUCUGGAUUUGACAUUGUAUAUUCUUUUUAUUUAAAUAGUUUUUCUAUUUAUUGGAUGUCAAUGUUCUCCCCUUUUAAUUAGGGUUGUACAAGUUUGAAAGUUUUUUUAUGGUGAUUCUGAGCCCUCUGUUACAACUAAAAUGUUGUUAGAGAAGGACAAUGUUUUCUCUGGUGCUUCUUCUGGUUCUCAUAUAUAUAUAUAUAUAUAUAUAUAUAUAUGAUGAUGAUAUUUCUAAUGAAUCUAAUUUCACCUUCCCUUGUAGUUUCUAGAAUACACAGCUGAGGUAGAGAGUUGACUAACGGAAUACUGUCUUUGUAAUGCGUGGAGAGAAAACAAAACUACAUUUUCUGAACUCUGAAAUCGUAAUUUUCUUUUUCUUUUUUUAAGGGGCUUUAGAUGAGAAUAAUGAUUUUUAAUAAAAAACAUUAUUAUAA